UAUACAUAGAUAGAUAUAUUAUAUAUCGGAAGCGGAAGGUGGCUUCUCUUUGUCAGUGGCGCGCACGCGAGUGUCCACAUAUCCGCCGCGUGUGGCCGCGCGCUUAUGUCCGCCGUUUUACAUUUGCGUGUUAUUGAAGUGGAGUUUGUGUGCCGGAGGGUGAAGGGUAGUAGUUAGGAUACGCAAAAUGUGGAAUAUGAUGUGCGACGUGAUGCCGACUAUCGCGGAGGACAGCAUUAGCCAGCGAAGUUCGCAAUACUCUGGCGAGGAUGCGAACUUCGAGCAGCUGAUGGUUUCGAUGCUAGACGAGAGGGACAAAUUGAUGGAUUCGUUGCGCGAGAGUCAGGAACGACUGCAGGAAACGGAGGCACGUCUGCAGGAGAUAGAAAAGGAACGGGACUCGCUGAAUCGCCAACUGAACACCAAUAUCCCUCAGGACUUUUCACAAUUGUCCAAGGAGCUCGCAGUUGCCCGCGAGAACAUCCUAGAGAGAGAGGAGGAAAUCUCGGAGCUGAAAGCGGAGAGGAAUAAUACUCGUCUUCUGCUCGAACAUCUGGAAUGCCUGGUCUCCCGACACGAGCGAUCGCUUAGGAUGACUGUGGUGAAGAGGCAAGCCGCUGCGCAAUCUGGAGUAUCGUCCGAAGUUGAAGUGCUCAAAGCUCUGAAAAGUCUGUUCGAGCACCACAAGGCUUUAGACGAGAAAGUACGAGAACGUCUGAGAGUUGCACUAGAGAAGAACAAGAGCCUGGAGGAUGAGCUAGCCAUUACCAAAGAGGAGCUCCAGCAAUAUAAAUUAAGCGGACACGCGCCUAAAGCUAUAGAAGAUAGGCCAAAGGAGAAUGGACAAACGGAAGACGGGCAACAACAGAACAAGAAUGAGACUGAGCAGGCGGCAGGCCAGCAGGAACAGCUACAGCAGCAGCAGCAGCAGCAACAACAACAGCAACUGCAGCAGCAGCAGCAACAACAACAGCAGUCGAUACAAAAGCUAGGUACGGAGAGGUCGACAGAGAUUGGGAGUAGACUGAGCAAUGGCAGUCUUGAUCCGGCGGACCAGGAUUCUGCGGCGCGAGUAAUAGAUUUGCAAGCCACUCUCGACAAGCAGAGCUCAGAAUUGAGCACAUGGCAACGGCGGGUGGCUGAAAUGAGCGGACGUGUGGGAGAGCUGGAGGAAACGUUGUCCAAGGCUCAGAAAGAUCUGUUGAAAACGCAAGAAACGAAUUGCAAGCUGCAAAGAGAUUUGCGCGAAAAUGUUGCCCAAAAAGAGGACCAAGAAGAGAGGAUAGCCACUCUUGAGAAACGAUAUCUCAAUGCUCAACGGGAGUCCACUAGUUUACAUGAUCUCAAUGAAAAGCUGGAACAGGAGCUGCAACAUAAGAAGGCUCAAUUAAAGCUCCAAGAAGAGAAAAUAGCGGCGAUACAGGAGAAAUUAGAGCUCGCAGAACAGAAAUUAGCCCAAUACGCUAAGUUGCCAGAAAUGGAAGAGCAAUUAAAGCAGAGGAUGGAGGCUCUGACGCAGGUGAGGAGGCCCAACCAGCAGGCUCAGGAAAGACAUGGCAGCGCUGAAGAUAGAAUACAGAGAUUAGAAGCGCAACUUGAGGAAAAGAACGCUGAAGUGAUGCGUGUCAAUCAACGACUUAAGAUGAACGAGGAACAUAAUACGCGACUUAGUACAACCGUUGAUAAACUUUUGUCAGAAUCUAACGAAAGAUUACAAGUACACUUGAAAGAGAGAAUGCACGCGUUAGAUGAGAAAAAUGCGCUCACGCAAGAAUUCGAGAAGACGAGAAAGAUCGCGGAGGAUCUUCAGAACGAGAAAACCGAAAUAGUUAAGGAAUUAGGAAAAGCUCGUUUAGAGAUCAAUAUCCAGCAAACAGAUGCUUUGACUAGAAGUUUGUCUCCGAAUGCAGUGGAUCCAGGUUCCUUUUCCAGGAGUGCAAGUCACAGUAGCUUCGAUACGCACUCUCUACCAAGGAGAACGAGCAAACGACCCCCUAUUGAAGACGAUCCAACAAAGAAUUACGUUCCACGUACGUUGGCGGAACAAGAAUGGGAAAAGUUGCAACAAGCGCAUGUUCUCGCGAACGUGCAACAGGCAUUCGAUGUUUCCAGCGACGCGGAAGGCGACGGUGACAACGAAAGUCUGUUCAGUUGUGCAGCUGAUGUAAUCAGUCCAACAGGACACACAGAUGCUCAAACAUUAGCGCUCAUGUUACAAGAACAGUUAGAUGCGAUCAAUAAUGAAAUUAGAUUGAUUCAGGAAGAAAAACAAAGUACCGAGGCGCGCGCUGAGGAACUGGAGUCCCGAGUUGGUAGUCUUGAACACAUGAAUCUGUUAGCGAGGGGGCGAAGUCUCGAACGGGCAUCGCCGCCGUUAAGUGGACGAUCUACUCCCAAAUCGCAUCAUAGUCCUAAUAGGGAUUAUUUACACAAGUAUCAUACUGCACCGGCGUCAAUGUCUCCAGCGCAUCUUCACCAGUAUGCUGCCUCUUUGGUUAGUCCAGGUCAACUGUCAGAAUCCCUUCCUGCGAGCCAGUUGCAGUUAUCAGGUGAAGAAUUGCAUUCAGUGAGCGAAAGAGACAGCACUGGUGGUGCAGGAAGCGGUGGCAGCGAUGCGGCUUCACCAUUGACCGCUCGAUCAAUCAGGCUAGAACGAGUAGCACAGGCACUUGCUCACAGUCAAGAGGAGCUUAGAAGACGUACUGGACAAGCCGGAUUUCCCAGCAGUGGUUUUCCUGCUCACAGGCAUGGGCAACAUAACAACGGCGCACUCAAUUCUGGGACUCCCCCUUCCCCAUUGUCCUCACGUCAUAGCAGCCAGGACAGUUUGCACAAGAACAACUUGCCUGGUGUUGGAUUGCCAAUUGGACAAUUGUCUAGCUCGCAUUUGCACAUGCAAUCCACCAUGAGCCCGGUAACAGCGGCGGCAGUGGCUGCAGCUCAGAAGAAGAAGGGCAUUAAGAGCAGCCUUGGUAGAUUUUUCAGCAAGAAAGAAAAGAUCAAGGGAAAAGAUACGCCUAUGCCAGGAGAUGUACCAGGUAUGGGAGGAGCAAGCACCCCUGCAGAUCCUGAUUAUGGGGAUACCGUUUCUGUAGCUGGAACCAUGGGCAGUAAGAGCGACUUCGAUCGUAGAAAAAAGAAAAGUCCUAGUAUGUUUGGAAGUAUGUUAGAUUCCUCGAGGCAUGAACUUUUGGCUGAGGCGAUGAAGGCUGGAACACCUUUCGCUCUGUGGAAUGGACCGACAGUGGUGGCCUGGUUGGAGCUGUGGGUGGGCAUGCCUACUUGGUACGUCGCAGCUUGCCGAGCAAAUGUCAAAAGCGGUGCCAUCAUGAGUGCUCUUAGUGAUACUGAAAUUCAGCGUGAAAUUGGUAUAAGUAAUCCUUUGCAUCGAUUGAAACUACGAUUAGCCAUCCAAGAAAUGGUGUCACUCACAAGUCCAUCAGCACCGAAAACCUCUCGCACAACCUUAGCAUUCGGUGAUAUGAAUCACGAAUGGAUUGGUAAUGUUUGGCUUCCGAGUCUUGGCUUGCCACAAUAUCGAUCCACUUUCAUGGAGUGCCUUGUUGAUGCUAGAAUGUUGGAUCACCUUACCAAAAAGGACCUUCGUGGUCAACUUAGAAUGGUUGAUAGUUUUCACAGAACAAGUUUGCAAUACGGCAUUUCAUGUUUGAAGCGACUGAAUUAUGAUAGGCAACAAUUACAAGAAAGAAGGCGAAUGGCAGAAGCUGCCAACGUCGAUGUUCUUGUAUGGAGUAAUGAUCGUGUUAUUAGAUGGGUGCAAUCUAUCGGCCUGAAAGAAUACGGGAACCACCUUUUGGAAUCUGGGGUACAUGGAGCUCUUAUGGCUCUCGAUGAUAGUUUCGACGCGAACAGUUUUGCUCUAACUUUGCAAAUUCCAACCCAAAACACACAAGCUCGACAAUUGUUAGAGAUGGAGUUUGCAAAUUUAUUAACCGUAGGAACAGAGAGGCGACUCGAUGAUGCGAACAGUAUGAAAUCUUGAUCCAACUCGUCUAGCAGGCUGCCUCAUCUUCAACCACAUCACGUCUAGUCCAAAACCCCAGCUAUUACUACUCUCUGUACGCAAGUGUGUUGUAAAAGUUGUAAGAGCUUUAAGUAUCAUUCUAAGGGUAUCUUCAUACUGUUAAGAGUUGUAACACGCGGUUGUAUGAAACAAACGAUCGGACAUAGACUGUUAAAAAAAGAAAAUGGAAGGGUGAUUUAUCGUAUGUUCAACAAGAAUAAAUUUAAAGCAUUUUAUCGAUUCUUGUGGCGCGUAUGUUUUAUAAACCGCCUGUUACGUAAUUUCGAUAAAGAAGGAAUAAUUAUUCUGAAUCAAUUGCUCUCAUAUAGAUACUGAAAUGUAGUGAGCG